AUGGCCCACAAUGAUAGUACCGCCAGUUCUCCAUUAAUGGAGCUUGAAGAAGGGUUCCUUAAUUACGAGGAGGCCCUUUCAGAGAUGUAUCUUCAGGAUAGCAGCUCAGGUGAGAGCUUGUCAUCGCACAACCACUCCGAAGGUAGCGUGCACUCCGAGACUGACAGAUUUGAUUCGGUCUACCCAAAUGUUCCGAUAUAUCCUCGUCGGCAUAUUGAUGAAACACAUGACAAUUUGGUCAAAAUGCUUGAAAAGGUCCUGGGGCUUCAACAACUCCGAGAGGUGAAAGCUCUCAAUGUCUGCGAGUGUGGUGCACGUCCAUCGUCUCCGCAUAUUAACAUUUUAUUCGAAAAUUUUGGCAGUUUUCUCAAGAAGUAUGAGUCUGAUAAAAUCAGGCAGGAAAGAAGAAAGGUUGAUGAACUCCGCCAUUAUAUCACCAACAUAGAGCAGGAGCGUCAGCUGGAAAACAACCUUGAAGUCAUAGAUUUUACCCAGCAUCAAAGCAAUAUUGCUGAGCUGACAAUGAAAUUGAAGGACCAGGAAAGUGCCAUUCGGGGUAGGGAUACUUAUAUCAGGAAUCUUCAUCAAGAGAAUGCUGAGCUUGAGCGGCAGAUUCGAGUUUUUAAGGGACUCGAGACUGGCCACAAUAUUAACACCGAGACAGAUCCCAAAUUACAAGACCAGCCUAGCUUGGAGGACAUGGUUCGGGCGGAGUUGUUUGAGCUGGUAUGCGAGAGUCCCUAA